AUGUUCAGCAGCAGACUACCACCUCCGAAACACUCACAACCCCAGACUUCGACGGAUUUGAGCUCGGAUCGUCUUGAGCCAGCAAUAUUAACUAAUGAAAUCGCGCAAAGCGUCAAGCUGGAUGAUUUUGUACCCAAGAGACAAUCGAAUUUCGAAUUACCAGUGCCCCUACCAACCCAAACUGACAUCCAAGAAUGUGCAGCAAGAACCAAGUCAUAUAUUCAGCGACUGGUGAACGCAAAAUUGUCGAGUUCAAACAACAAGGCCUCAUCGAGAUACGUAACCGAAACACAUCAAGCCCCCACCAGUCUAACACUGGAUAACGGCCGCCAAAUUGAAGUGGUAUCUAAGCAAAUGGACCCAUUGCUGCCAAGGUUUGUUGGGAAAAAGGCCAGGAAGGUGGUAGCACCCACGGUAAGUGAUGAAGUGGUGCCCGUUCUUCAUAUGGGUGGUAGCAAUGAAACGGGUGAGGCUGAUCCAAAUGACUGGAAGAUACCAGCAGCUGUUUCGAACUGGAAGAACCCCAAUGGAUAUACUGUGGCCUUGGAAAGACGUGUGGGGAAAGCCGCUGACGGUGAACGUGUCAUUAACGAUGGGUUUAUGAAACUAUCCGAGGCGUUGGAAGGUGCUGACAAGAAAGCCAGACAAGAGAUCAAGUCCAAAAUGGAUUUGAAACGACGUGCUAUGGAACAAGAAGCGUUGGCCAAGGAAUCUAAGUUGAAAGAGUUGAGCCAGCGAGCCAGACAACACCACGGAGCCCCUCAAACGGGGGCCGUGGUGAAACCCAAGAAGCAAAUGAGCACAGUGGCUAGACUAAAAGAGCUGGCCUACUCUCAAGGAAGAGAUGUGUCGGAUAAAGUGAUUCUGGGCGCUGCUAGGCGCUCAGAGCAGCCCGACCUGCAGUACGAUUCGAGGUUUUUCACCAGAGGUGCCAAUGCCUCCUCCAAGAGACACGAGGACCAAGUGUACGACAACCCGCUGUUUGCUCAACAGGACAUCGACAGCAUAUACAAGACCAACUACGAGCAGCUGGACCAAGCGGUCAAUGCGAAAAGCGAAGGUGCCAGCGGGUCUCAUGGCCCCAUUCAGUUCACUAAAGCAGAAUCCAAGGACAAACCUGAUGAAUAUGGGGUUCAGAAAUGA